GAAAACUCAAUAAACAGUUCCUCUGACCGUGAAGAAAAGGACAGAAAAAUAAGGGAAGAAAAAGAUAUUGAAGAAAGUCGGAAGUGAAGGAAAGACCAGGGCUGCACGCAAAAAAGGAAAUGGAAGAAAGAACAGUAACUAUAGAAAUCCCUGAAGUUCUGAAGAAGAAGCUUGAGGAUGAUUGUUACUAUAUCAACAGGAGGAAACGGUUAGUGAAAGUUCCGUGCCAGACCAACAUCAUAACUAUUUUGGAAUCUUAUGUGAAGCAUUUUGCUAUCAACGCAGCCUUUUCAGCCAAUGAGAGGCCUUGUCACUAUCAUGCUAUGCCACACGCCAACAUGAAUGUGCAGCAUUCAUUCCCAGCAGAAAAGAACGUUGACCUUUGUAAGGAGAUGGUGGAUGGAUUAAGAAUAACCUUUGAUUACACUCUCCCAUUGGUUUUGCUCUAUCCAUACGAACAAGUUCAGUAUAAAAAGGUGACUUCGUCCAAACUGUUUCUUCGGAUUAUGGAAAGUACCACAAACAAUAAUAGGAACCAGGAGGAGCUCUCUCCAAGUCCACCUUUGUUGAAUCCAUCUACACCACAGUCUACAGAGAGUCAGCCAACCUCAGGCAAACCAACCACUCCCAAAAGGCGCAAAGCCAAGCCGGAAGCAUUACAGUCUCUGAGGCGGGCCGCACGCCACUCUGCCAAUUGUGACGGACUGUCCGAGAGCAGCGCCUCGCCUCAGCCCAAGUGCCGGCAGCAGGACAUGUCCGCUAGCAUGCCCAAGCUGUUCCUGUACAUGGAAGAGAAGACAUCUGUUCAUAGCAGAUCAUCCUCGCCUGUUCCUCUGACCCCUAGCAAGGAAGGGAGUGCAGUGUUUGCUGGCUUUGAAGGCAGAAGAACCAAAGAAAUAAAUGAGGUCCUCUCCUGGAAACUUGUACCUGAUAGUUAUCCUCCAGGUGACCAACCACCUCCACCCUCUUACAUUUAUGGGGCGCAACACUUGCUGCGUUUGUUUGUGAAACUUCCUGAAAUCCUUGGAAAGAGGUCCUUUUCUGCGAAGAACCUGAAGGCUUUACUGAAGCACUUUGAUCUCUUUCUGAGGUUUUUAGCAGAGUACCCUGAUGACUUCUUCCCAGAGUCUGCCUAUGUUGCUGCCUGUGAAGUGCACUACAGCACGAAGAACCCCAGGGCAAUUUAUUAA